UUAAACACAGAAUGCUGUCUAUAGCAGUCUUCGUUGGCCUAUUGGCUUUCGUGAGCGCCGAUGGACAUUUCGGACAGGGGAUGUACAUGAAUAACAUGGGACAUAUGAGCCACAUGGGUAUGGGAAAUGGAAAUAUGGGCAUGGGAAAUAUGGGCAUGGGCAACAACGGAAUGAGUGCUAUGGGACAACUGCUCGGUCUUCUCUCUGGACAAAUGAACGGCAUGGGCGGCAACAUGGGAGGUAAUAUGGGCGGCAACAUGGGUGGCAAUAUGGGAGGCCAGAUGGGAGGUAAUAUGGGCGGUAGAGGACAAAUGGGUGGCCAGAUGGGAGGUCAGCAAGGCAUGAUGGGCGGAAUAAUGUUACUUCUUCUACAAAAUAUGCUACAAAAUAAUGGUGGUCAGCGUAACCAAGGUAACCAAAUGAGCCAAGAGGAGAUGGAAGAUGUUGAAGAAAUGAUGAAGAAGAAGAUGAUGAUGGAAAUGGCAGAUAUGAUGAUGGUGCACAUGGAAUUCAAGGAGAAGGAAAAGGAGUUUGUUAUGGCUAUGGAAUUCAUGUGUUUUAUGGUUAAUGCAACAUAUGAGGGCUACAGGAGAAACGGAACAGAAGUUUGGAAAAAGACUGAUGACGCUAUGAUGACGAACCUUGGAACUCAGCUAGAAAACAUGAACGAUAAAGAAAAAAUGGACUUUGCAAUCAACAUGAUGAUGACCGAUGAGGCAAAAUAUGGGGAGGUCUUCCUUAGAUUCGCUACCUGGGCUUGUAUGACUGGUGAUGCCUACGUUGACAGUGCCAUGAAAAUGGAGAAGAUGGAAAAGGGCGAAACUGGAUGUGGACACUAAAAAUUACAUGACUAUGUGAGGGAGGAUUCGUUCCUGAUUUGAAAUGUGCACGAAUAGUAAAUGGAUAACACUUUUUAUGUACAGUUUGAAUAAACAAAUAGAACUUUAUUUUCAGAGCGGUGAAAUGUACUGUACCGGAAACUUCCGUAAAUGCAAAACUGAGUUUGAAAUAAAUUUGUAGUUUCAGUGCUUUGUUAGUAAUGUAUUACAUAAAAAUAUAUAUGUACACUUAA